AUUCAUUUUCCCUUCAUACAGAACACUCGUCUAUACAUUUACUCCAUCAUCACACAAUCAAUCACAACACUCAAUCACAGCCCAACAUGACCACGCGAUCCUUAAAUGUCGACUUCACCAGCUGGACCGGCAAGCACUUGGAAGUGACCGAGGGCGAUACUCUCGUGUAUUCCGCCGACCUCAACCUCCGCAAACCCCACAUGGUCUUCCAAGCCACCGGCAGCGCCCGACUCCCUGCAACCGUGAGCUUCCACGCCUUCACCCGCGCCAUCGACAUCGACAUCAACGGCCGCCAGAUCCCGUUUAAACCACGCGGCACCUUCGAAUAUGAAGUUCCGUUUGAUUCCCCGACAGUCGGCAGUGUGUUUACCUGGAGGAACCCCCAUUCAAUGAAGCCGUGGGAUUUGGAGUGUCGCGAUGAGCAGGGUACAGUCGUGGCGAGGUUUAUUCCCAGCACAUCGUGGAGUCGAACCAAGGCGGGUCGACUCGAACUAGACGGGCUGUUAGGGAGUGGGCCAAUCAUUGAUGAAGUGGUUGUUACGGGAUUGGCUUUGGCGUAUUAUAUCAUUACACAGACAUUGGCUUAGUCCAGUCCCUCUCGUUGCAUAUCUCUUAUUUAGCGGACUUCAUUCUUAUCAUACACAAAUCAAUGCACCGGACUAUCCCCAAUCUCCAACAUCUUCUCCUCCAACUCCCUCCUCAACUCCCCCACCACCCCCUGAUACCUCUCCUCAUAAUACACAUUAAACAACUCCAACGGAUCCUCCACACAAUCAAACAACUCCCACUCCCUGGGCUGUCCCCCCUCCCCGGUCCCAGGCAGUCCAAACCCCUCCGCAUACCAAUAAAUCAACUUAUACCUCUGAUUCCUCACCCCA